AUGACAGAAAUAGAGGAACCAAAGUCACUGUUGAGAACGGCAGAAGAUCUAGAGAUCUUCCAACAUUCGAAAACUUACGCCGAUGUGUUCACGUAUGUCGAAAGACUAGCUUUGGCGAUUCACGGUAUCGAAUUGACCGAUCCAACCUUGCCCAAACCCAAAGAAAUCACAGCAUUAUUGGACCUAUUUGACUCGAUUAAUUAUGUCAUUGAGAAAAAUCCUGUUAAGAAAGAAACAAACAGCAGAUUUGGUAAAAUUGAAUUCAGAAGCUUCUACGACGAACUUUAUAGCUCUUUGAACUCGUUGUUGGAAAAACUACCGAUUGAAUUAUCCACACAGCAUUUGGUCGAUUUACGUGCAUACAUUACAAAUUCCUUUGGUGAUAGAGAGAGGAUAGACUAUGGUUCGGGCCACGAGCUUAACUUCUUAUGUUUUUUAUUGAGUCUAGAUAAGCUAGGAUAUUUCCCCGAUUCACAUGAGCUGGAUAAGUCGGUGGUAUUGGUUGUGUUUUCCGCCUACUUGAAGACAAUGCGCCGUCUACAGCUUCUUUAUUGGCUAGAGCCAGCUGGAUCUCAUGGUGUCUGGGGGCUUGAUGAUUAUCAUUUUCUUCCGUUUUUAUUCGGUGCUGCCCAAUUAUCUCCCCUGACAAGACCUCGGCCUCUAAGUAUACACAAUGCUGAUUAUGUCGAGGAAUUUAAAGAUAAGUACUUCUAUUUUGCGUGUGUCGAUUUCAUCAACAAAACGAAAACAGGCGCACAAAGUCUCAGGUGGACAUCUCCCAUGCUCGAUGAUAUAAGUGGUGUCAAGACGUGGAAGAAAAUUGAGGAAGGCAUGUUCAAAAUGUAUAAGGCUGAAGUCUUGGGGAAAUUGCCUGUUGUUCAGCAUUUUCUGUUUAGCACUAUUUUGCCUGCUCCGAAGCUACCUGAGCACAAAAUUGAAGAGGGUGUAGAAGACGAGCAUGAUCAUGCGGCUCAUGGGUGCUGUGGGGGCAACCCUCUACUAUCCACAUGGGGUGACUGUUGUGGUAUUAAGGUGCCCAGCGCUAUUGCUGCUAAGGCUGCUGAGCAAAAUAAGCAUAAGAUACCUUUUGAUUGA